ACGGUCACGAUAAUGUAGUAAAUCAAUAACACGUGUAAAAAAUAUUUUAUGAAGCUAGCGACACCAAGAUGGGGAUUUUGGUGUCAAUUUAUCUAUGAUACCAGUAUUUAUUCAAACUAAUAAGAUGGUGAUCCUUGCAGUUGAAGAUACAUUGUCCGAACUUAAAUAAUUUGAGUAGUUUAAAGGAUUGCAAGGAAAGAAUUAUGUUCGUGGCAGUGGAGAUGGUUGACACUGUCAGAAUCCCCCCAUGGAAUUUCCAGCGGCAGUUCAAUGAAGCCAUAGCCGAAGAACUCAACAAGAAAUUGGCCAAUAAGGUGGUUUACCAGGUUGGCCUCUGUAUCUGUUUGUAUGACAUCACAAAACUGGAGGAUUCCUACAUAUUUCCAGGUGAUGGAGCUUCCCACACCAAAGUCCACUUCAGGUAUGUUGUGUUCCACCCUUUCUUGGAUGAGAUUCUUGUUGGAAAGAUCAAGUACUGCAGUCAAGAAGGAGUACAUGUCAGCCUAGGAUUCUUUGAUGACAUCGUCAUUCCCCCAGAGUCCCUACAGCAGCCUGCAAAAUUCGAUGAAGCGGAGCAGGUGUGGGUGUGGGAGUAUGAGACGGACGAAGGGGCCCAUGACCUCUACAUGGACCAAGGUGAGGACAUCCGCUUCCGGGUCACAGAUGAAGUCUUCCUGGACACGUCGCCCACAGGCCCUUCUGCCGCAGCAACCGACACCCCUGCAGCUCCAGGAGCAGAGGAGGGUGGCCAGAAGAAAGAGGCCCCUUACACACUGCUAGGUACCAUUAGCGAGCCAGGCUUGGGCCUCCUGUCCUGGUGGAACAGCUAGCGAAAGGAGAGACCAUUACAGUAGAGCAAACAGGGGAGACAGCUGUCAAGUAUUCAUCCCACCUGCUGGACAUACACCUUCUUUUUGGACUCUUCUCAGUCACUCCUCCCAGGUUGUGACUUUAACACUGGAGAAACAGGACUCUGUGAAGUGUCCACAAGGCUAAUAGACACAGAACUUUGGGCUCAAGUAGAGGAGCCAGGAUUCCCAUAAUAGGAAUGGCAGACCCAAGGACAAGGGACCAGUAGCAAGGAUUUCUAAUAGAGCACACAGGCCGGGGACCUGGAGAACUGCCUCACUUGCAAAGGUGUAGAUCCACUUCCCCCUGUAUAUUGUAAAUACUACCACCAUAACUGUUAACGUACCAGCAGUUACACCCGGUGCACAUGACCGUAAGAAAGACUGACUAAAGGGCCCCAAUUGGCCUAUUUAGUGUCACCAUGUAGUCUGUGAGUGUUCAGUUGAACAAAUAAUGGAGUGAGCCUAAAUAUACCAUUGUGUGUUGUCUUUUUGACCAGUAUAGUGUUUCAUCAGUGAUAAUUUUUGUUUGCAUGAUUUUGAGUUGGGUUAUUUAAGUAAUAACGCCCAAGGAGGUGAUGGUAUAUGGCCAAUAUACCACGGAUCUCAGGCAUGACGCAUCGCAGAGUAUUGGCCAUUUUUCACAAAGCCCUGAGGUUUUUUAUUGGUAUUAUAAACUGGUUACCAAUGUAAUUAGAGCAGUAAAAAUACAUGUUUUGUCAUAGCUGUGGUAUAUCAGCCAUAUACCACAGAUGUCAGCCAAUCAGCAUUCAGGGCUCGAACCACCCAGUUUAUAAUUGUGUAUAGGACAUGUAUCCCAAAAAUAUCAUACAAUUACUGUCCUUGGGAAGGGUUGUUGUGAACCCACAAGCACUACACCUCACUGUAAUUUGUGUAUUUUCAGAGUUGGUCCUCUGAAGCCGUUUUUGAUGAAGCGUAGAAGCCAUAUUCUUCCAGCCUAAAUGAAUGUAUCAUAUUCUGAUCUUGAUUUUGGUUAUUUUUACUUACACCAUUUCAUGAAGGAAUACAUCAGUAUGGUUUACAAUACGAACACGUACUUGUUUAAUGUAAUAACUGCUUUGACGCGUAUGGGCAUAGCAGUCUUGUUAUGCCAACAAAUUUGUCGGCAAACACACAUCACAAACAUCACGCCCAUUCUCCCGGCUACGGUGUAAUCUCAGCCAGCGGCAGCUGCGCAGUUUCAACAACACACCGCAAAUUCCGCGCGACUACGCGUAUUUACUGUUAUUUAUUUAAUGUUAUAUAAUAGUAACUGACAAGGCACACACCGUCCUCUACCGACAAAACGGACUCUAGCAAUGCAGUAAGUAGACCGAUGUUUAAAAAACAAAACAAAUUAUUGUACAAAUAUUCAAGUACGGGUAUGCCAGCUAUUGUUUGGAUUGUAGAAAAUCUGUAUCGCCUAUUCAUUAACGUGUGACAGCCUUUUUGACCAAAGUAUAGGCUAAAGGAAAUGUAUGAUAAUGACAACUAUUGGCUAUAGAAUACCUUUGACGAGGCUACUCAUCCUCUCAUCCCUAUAGCGUCUCUGUUUGCGCGCUCCGACUUUUCGAAUGUUGUGGAAAUUAGAAAAAGUCGGAUGAUAUGCGUGUUUAUUACAUAAUAAUUUGGCAAUGCAAACUGGUCAUUCAUUUAGCCCGAAAUGCACGCCUCCGCAACAUGACGAAUCAUACAAUGUUAUGAAUGUCUCACGUAGAGGGAUUUUUCUUGUGAUAUUUAGACACGUUGAGCCGAGUCAAUUGACUAUUUCAGAUAUUUAAUUCUGAUGUAGCCCAGAGAAGUAUCCAGAGAGAUAGACUUAACUGUUUCUCUCUUUUAAUUUUAACUUUAUAAAAACGGUGUUACAAUGUUGGUGUUACAAUGUAGCAGCCCUAAUGUUUUGGUUUGCAGUCAUUAUCCAACGCUUUCCCGUAUUGCAUGCUGACGUCAGAAACACACAGCUAGCGUUUUGCCAGCAGCUCUGUCGACGGCGUUCUCAACAUUCGAGCUGUCAGAGCUGUCUGUUUUACUGUAACCUUGAUGAUGCAGGCAGAGCGAAAGAAUGUAACCAUCUUAAACCAUGCAAAGCCAUCUUGGCCUUGGAGUGUGUGCUGUGUCCUAUCUUAUUGCGUGCACAUGCCAUCAAUAUGCACCACCAUGUCUUGGCACACAAUGGCUGCUUUAUUAAAAAAUAUAUAUAUAUAUUUAACCUUUAUUUAACUGCUUUUGUUGCAGCAAUUCCUAAAGCUGUGCUCCUCUUGAGCUUGAAGGACUUGAUACAUAAUGUAAACAACAGUCAUAUAUCUAAGUUGAGCCUGUUAUUGUUUGUGGGCAGACUUAGGAAUGGUUGGCAGUUGAAAUGUAUGGCAUUUGAAAGUAAAAAUUGUCUGUAAUGAA